AUGGGAGAAAUGGAUCAGUACUUCCAGCGAGUUGACAAGGCCUAUCUGGCCGAGAAGAAAUUAUUGGAACUACGACAGAAACCACAGCCUAUAGAGAUAGAUAAACUCCAGAAAGGCGAACAAGCCCUGAAAAAGCCCAAGAAUUUCAAGAAAAACAUGGGAAAUUGUUUCAAGUGUGGCCAACCAGGACAUUUUGCUCGAAGCUGUCCAAAGCCCAAGAAACAGUCCAUCAAGACUCUAGGAACUGGUGUGCAGACACGAAAGAUCGCGAUGCUUAGGAGAAACUCUCAUGAUGCUUACCGAUGGGGACCAAAUCAAAAUACAGGACCGCGGGACGAGACUGUGAUCCAAGGAAUCUUGGAACGGCAUCCAGAGGUCCAGGCGAAUAUGGCUCAUAAAUUCCAUUGGGCACUACCAAUUAGCCACUGCAAGGUCCAGAAUUGCGGAUUUUGGGAGCAUAGUGAAAAUAAGGAUCUAGGAGAACCAUCAUGGGAAUAUCCUUAUGGACCACCUAAGAUUUCCUUUACGCAAGUACGGCGAAUACUCCAGAUUGAAGGUAUUAAGGGUAAUGAUCGCCAUGUACACUAUGAGCAUCUUCCAGUCAAUCUCUGCACAGCUUGGGGUUGUCAGUGUCCAAGACACCGUGUACCAGUGAUGUAA